AUGAAGCUAUCAAAAUUAAUAGUGGCCGUGGUAGUUUCUGCGGCUUCUGUUGUCUCUUCCAUCACUCUAGAGACGGAGCAGGAUGUGAUGGAACGAUUUGAGAAAAUAAAGGGCCGAUUUGCAUUCCAGGACCGUCUUUCAUUAAAACCUGUUGACCAGGAUGAUGAAUGUCCUCCUUGUUUCAAUUGCAACCUUCCCAAUUUCGAGUGUAGUCAGUUUUCACAGUGUAAUACGUUCACGGGAAUGUGUGUUUGUCGAGAUGGAUAUGGUGGAUUAGAUUGUUCGGAGGCAUUAUGUGGAGCAUUGAGUGACGGGAACAGUCAUAGACCAAAGAAAAAACUCAAUGAAACAUGUGAAUGUCGUCCAGGAUGGCUGGGAAUUAAUUGCAAUUUGUGUACUCAAGAUGAUGUCUGCGACACGUUUAUGCCUGAAGGUUUGAAGGGCACCUGCUAUAAGACUGGAGUACUUAUCAACAACUUUCACCAGAUGUGUGAUGUAACCAACAAGAAAAUCAUUUCAAUUCUUAAGGGACAGAAACCACAGGCUACGUUUAGCUGUAACAAGACUGCUGGAGAGUGUGACUUUCAGUUUUGGAUUGACCAAAAGGAAUCUUUCUACUGCGAUUUGACCGAGUGCGAGUAUAAUUACGAUAUCGCCAAAAAUUCAACAAGAUACCAAUGCAAAAACGUUGCAUGUAAGUGUAUACCUGAUCGUAUGCUCUGUGGUGAAGCUGGUUCCAUUGAUAUAUCGGAUUUUCUCACAGAGACAAUUAAGGGCCCAGGUGACUUUUCAUGUGAUGUUGCUGAGCGUUCAUGUCGCUUUUCCGAGCCAAGCAUGAACGAUUUGAUACAGUCUGUAUUCGGAGACCCUUUCAUUACACUCAAAUGUAAGUCAGGUGAGUGCGUACACAAGAGUGAGAUCCCCGGAUUCGACAGCCCUGACAAAAGUCGCUUAACUUUAGGUAACGCUGUGGUGAUAGUGGGUGUUACUUUUGUAUGUUUCUUGGUCCUUUUGGCUUCUGUACACAAUAUCAGAAAAACUCCGUUGUUCCUGGCUGUUCCACAAAGUGAUGUUGGUGCUGAUUCCACCGCAUUGAGUGAAAACUUUACCCCAACUUCCCUUGCGUUUGAGAACGUGAGCUACACUGUUCCCAGCGGACAAACCGUCUUGAAGAACGUAUUUGGUUUGGUUCGCCCUCGCGAGUGCCUUGCUAUCAUGGGAGGUUCAGGAGCCGGUAAGACUACCUUGCUUGAUAUUUUAGCUGGCAAGAACAAGGAUGGUUCAGUAAAGGCAAACAUAACUGUCAACGGAGCCCAUCUUGAUCCUCGUGACUUUAAGAAAAUUAUUGGUUUUGUUGACCAAGAGGAUCAUUUGAUUCCAACUUUGACGGUUUACGAGACUGUGCUCAACAGUGCUCUACUUCGUCUUCCACGCUCAAUGAGCAUAAGAGCUAAGCAAGCUCGAGUCGUGGAGGUUCUUAACGAGUUGCGUAUUUUGGGUAUAAAAGACCGUGAGAUUGGAUCUGACUUCAAGCGAGGAAUCUCUGGCGGUGAAAAACGUCGAGUAUCUAUUGCCUGUGAGUUGGUUACGUCUCCAUCGAUUCUUUUCUUGGACGAGCCAACUUCAGGACUAGAUGCCUACAAUGCUAGAAAUGUGGUAGAUUGUCUCGUGAAACUUUGCCGUGAUUUCGACCGAACGAUAGUAUUCACUAUUCAUCAACCACGAAGCAAUAUCGUGUCUCUCUUUGACAAAUUACUCCUCUUGAGUGACGGUGACUUGGUAUACUCUGGAGAUAUGAUGAAAUGUAAUGGUUUCUUUGCUAGGAAUGGAUUCAAGUGUCCAGUUGGCUACAAUAUUGCCGAUUAUCUCAUUGACUUGACAGCCAACGAAAGCAGUCCUCCGGUGCCACAACAAGACUUGGAGAAUUUGUCCACUGAAGCAAGUAGCACAGAUGUUCAUGCGGUAGACGAGACUGAAAAUUUUGACUUGAGUAGAGAGUGGGAGCACUAUGCAUCGCAUCGUGAUGAAUUCUUUGGUUCGAGUGAUAACCAGAAAGGAAACGCCGAAAUGGCGACGAAGCUUAAUCAAAUGUUCGUUGAAUCUGUCUUUGCCAGCGAUCUUCAAGAUGAAAUUAAGGAACUAAAAGGAUCUGCAUCUCAGUUUGAUCUCGCCGACAAUCCAAAAGCAUCUAUCGGUACGCAAAUUAGCAUUUUAUCUUCUCGUACCUUCAAGAAUUUGUACAGAAACCCAAAAUUGUUGUUGAGUCACUACAUUCUUUCCGUUUUGGUGGGUGGUUUUUGUGGAUAUUUGUAUUACGAUGUUCAGAAUGAUAUAAGUGGUUUCCAGAACAGACUAGGAUUGUUCUUCUUUGUUUUGGCUCUCUUUGGCUUCUCAGCCUUGACCGGAUUACACUCUUUCUCGGCAGAGAGAAUCAUCUUCAUUCGUGAGCGUGCAAACAACUAUUACCAUCCGUUCAGUUACUAUGUCAGCAAAAUUGUUUGUGAUGUUAUACCCUUGCGUGUUUUCCCACCAAUAAUCUUGACCAGCAUUGUUUAUCCUCUCGUUGGGUUAUCAGCAGAGAAUAACGGAUUCUUAAAAACCAUAAUGGUGUUGGUUCUUUUCAACCUCUCGGUAGCAAUUGAGGUAUUAAUCGUGGGAAUAUUAAUUAAGGACCCUGGUACAUCUACCAUGAUUGGAGUGUUGGUGCUCUUGUUUUCUCUUCUCUUUGCUGGAUUGUUCAUCAAUGGAGAGGAACUUCAAGCUGCUAUUCAAUGGCUCCAGUGGAUUUCUGUUUUCCAUUAUGCAUACGAAGCAUUAUCAAUCAAUGAAGUCAAAGAUUUGAUUUUGAAAGAAAAAAAAUACGGACUCUCUAUCGAGGUUCCUGGUGCCGUCAUCUUGAGCUCGUUUGGCUUUGAUGUCGGUGCUUUCUGGAAAGACACUUACAGCCUUAUUGUAUCAAUACUUGUAUUCUUGACGUUGGGAUACUUGUUCCUCCACUUCUUUGCUUAUGAGAAGAGAUAG